CUCCGUUUUCCCUAGCAAGCAAAAAGCAAGCUACAGUAGCCCUGGAUAUUCCACAAGUAGUAGCUUGCCUCCCCAUUUCUCACGGUCCUCUCCUCUGCCUGCCUCUCAGUCACGGGUCUGUAGAGGUACCCUCGCUCGAACCUCAAACCGGACCAGGAAGGGGCUUUCUCUGCCUUGCCCAUUGAUUAAUCGUCCGCUAAUAUUACCUUGUUCAACUUCCAUGCUCUCCUGCCGGCUCUCGCCUUCCGAAUCUGCCCAUCAUACGUAUUCAUUCAUGGGGUAACAACGAUCCUGGAAAGGUGACCACGUUAGCUCGCCCAUCGUACCCCUUUGGUACUCCGUUUACAUCAUUGGACCUGUUCUAUUUUCACUCGUUUCUCUUCCGCCUUCCUAUGCUACUACUUACUCAUUCAUCCUUUUAUCCCUCCGUUCAACCGGCCUGGUCAUACUCACCUUCGGUCGGAUUACAAGUCAUCCAUCAUCGGGCUUCAGUACGGACCACUUACACAAACACCCUACAUCGACUCCCAACGGCGGCAAACAAUCGACUCGGCGACUCUAUUUCGAAACAGGGAAGGAUUGGGCACCAGAUCGAUCAUUACGUGUGCGUGGAAAAGGACGGUCAGACACGGUUCAGAACGCCGGGUGUUGUUUGCUCUUUCUUGCCAACAGAGACAAAAGAGCGGUGCGCGUGCUUGCAUCUCAUACCUCACUUGGACUCACCUCUCCGGCUUCCUCCUUCCGGACUUCUUUCCUUGUCUAUCCAGCUUCAACCUCCCGCCGGCUUCUUACCUUCCACAUCCGACUGAUACACACCGUUGCGCCGACGUUGUUUUUUGAGUCGGUUUCGACUCUACCGACUUCCACCAACCCAGGCCUCUACAUGAUGCACCGGAGGACCGAUGGACUGCCUUGGUGAACGUAGGCUAGACUCAAAGUCGGCCAGACAACAACAGACACGACGUCGUCCUUGCUGGCCGCCGCCGAUAUCCCAUUACCGAUCUAUACCAGUAGAGUUUCAAGUCAUACGGUAUGGCUAUCAUCAGUACAAUUUUGGAGUCGGCCUUCAAUAGCCCGACGGCGCGAACCCACCACGGAGAUCUCAGAGCUGAAAUUCGGGAUGGAUUUGGGGAUUCAGAACAGGGUCGCGGGUUGACAGACGAUCUCGCGGUUGUAUCACUUACCUUCGCUUCACUCAGUCUCAUCUUGACUCUGUCGACCUUUUACUGGUUCGUGAAAAUGAGGAAGACGUUUCGGCAUGAACUGAUAGUGUUGCUUAUUCAGAGUGACUUGAUCAAGUCGGUGUGGUUUGUCAUUCCCUCGAUUGUGCAUCUAGUCCGAGGUCCUCUCCGCUCCGACUCUGCCCUUUGCCAAAUUGCCGGGUUCGGUCUCGCGCUAGGCAUCGAGGCAUCUGACAUCGCAGUUCUGCUCAUCGCCAUCCAUCUCCUGAUGACCAUCUUACGCCUGCGGACCGGCCUCUAUCGCUACCGAUACUGGGCGUACGGAGCUUACUGCUUCUUUCCCGUGCUAUUUGCAAGCUUGGCUUUUGUAGACGGCACGGGCUACCAGGAGGCUGGCCAUUAUUGCUACCUUCGUACAGACAAGAGUUGGGCACGACGGGCCCUCAGCUGGGUUCCUCGCUACAUCAUUUGUUGCAGCAUUCUGGCCAUCUAUCUCUUUGUCUACUUUUACGUUCGCAGCAGAUUGGAGGACUAUGGAAGGAGAAGCUCGGGAAAUAUGAACCACCCGCACUCCCGGGACACAGACGAUGUGCCUCCUACCCCUCGAUUGAUAUCACACGGACUACUCGCGUCGCUACCAAACUCCCGAAGAGGAUCCGCAGCCGACCAGAAUGUUGCCAUUAAGGACCGCAACAGGUCUUUGUCGUCGAUCAGCACGCUUCAGUUCGAAUUGCAUGUGGACGAAGCUGGAGAGCAGCCGGUUAGCAAGGGACGACGGUCAUUAAAGCACAGGCCAGCGAAGAUGAACUGGAAUUGGCCUGGAUUUGUCCCACCUCGAUCCUCCUGCGAAAAUGGACGCUUGAUGGUGGAGGAUUGGGAUGACUCUAUGUCGCAACCACUUCCCUCACCACCGCUCCCGGUCCAUUCUCCCGAGAGACCACCCAGGGCCAGCCGCUCUGACAACUCAUCUGCCAGCCCACGCUCCUAUUGGCAUAGGCCAGUGCCUUCGGAAUGCUCAACAGUGCAUGGAAAUCACGCCAGCCAUGACUUGCCGCCAAGCUCCACCAACACUACGAACCAAGGCACAUAUCACAUCGAUCUCACCCUAAGUCACAUCCUCACAAUGCUACGAAAGGGACCUCCGCGAACAUCCAACACCCCUCCCACCACUCGACCUUCCUCGAUGACGAUAUCGCCCGAUUCAAUUAGUGGCGACUCGGGCGUUACUCGCAACCGCGAGAGGGCACGCCGUCAGCUCUAUGCGCUGUUUGCUUACCCGCUCGUCUACAUAAUUGUCUGGAUAUUUCCCUUCCUCUCCCAUGUAGGCUACGACGACAAAAUUACUCCGAAUGACCCGCAGUGGAUAUUGUUUGUGAGCAUGGUCAGCCUCGGUAUCCAGGGCACGGUCGACUGCAUGCUCUUUACUCUGAGAGAGCAACCCUGGAAACAUGCUCAUGGGGACUUUUGGACAGCGCUACGGGCACGGAUGCGGUUCAGUGGCAGCUGGAGAGAUGUCGGGUUCGCGGGCAGGACCCGAGAGGAAAUGUUCCAUGACAGUCAGCUUGCGAGAAAAAGACGGGAGCAGGAAAUCGCGGACGAGAGAGCCCGACGCGCUGUUCACGGGGUCACUCAAGAGGGUGCUGAUGUUGAAGCUGGUGCUGGUGGCCCUAGGGGUGCUGCGACGAGGAAGACUGGAGCGGUUGAGUGGUGGGAUACAGCCGAUUUACUCGAUGGAAUGAUCGAUGACGAUGAAGAACUACGCGACGAUGCGGAUGAUGAUUUUUGGGCCCAGCUCUACCGGUUGAAUGGAGACUGAUCGACUCGAGUCUCGGUUGAUUACCACCCUGCUAAUUUUCUUCACCUUUUUAUUCUUUCUUCUUUUUCUUUACUUUUGGAUACGCCCACAUGUGGCCACUAUUGCUUUUAGUGUUUUCUUCUUCGUCUUUUUUUUUUUUUUUUUUGUAUCAUCUCUUUUGUUAUCCUCACUCAAGCCCUGGCGUUUUUUGGUUUUCUGUUUUGUUGUCGUUGUAAAGGGAGCUAACAAAUUAUACCCCUGGGUCGGCUUGCGUAUUUUUGGACCUUGGUCAUUUUCCGGUUUGAUUGUCAGCCUUGACACAUGCCGUUACAUUGAAACAUGGGAUCGAAAGCAUAUUCGAUUGGUGUUGUGGCGUUCUCAAGUUCCAGCUGCUCUUUGAUUUUGUUUUCCUUUUUCUCCUUUGUAUCAAACACAGCACAGAGAGGGCUGGACGGAGGCACAACUAAGGCGGGAGAAAGGUGGGUGGGUUCAUUAAUCUAAGAAAUGAAGCAGAUGUUUAGCAUGGCUGGUUUUGCGUAGCGCCUAGCACACUGUAUAUACCCACCAGACACAGAAUAUACUCUAGAAGACUGCAAAGUCGAACAUACCAACAUCAAUUGUUCAUUACUCC